UGGCAACGGUGUUGGGCUUCGAAGGCAACGCAACUGAGUUGUGCGCGCCGUGCUAUGAACUGUGAGGCCGUCAGGUAGUUGUGUCGUGCCAGUCGAACGGCCAGGUGAGCAGCCGAUCAGGCAGAUGAUUGUGCCAAGGCGCGUACUUCUCAGACUGGUUGAUUCGUUCAGCUCUUUUCGAAUACACAGUUUCGCCGCUCGUGUUGUUGGGCCUUUCGCAUUUGGCAUUACUAUUUAGCGAUCCGUUGGCGCUUUUCAGUGGACGCCGCCGCGCAGCACAUUUCACCUACUCGUCGAUUUGCGUAUAUUUGAUUGUAUGAAAAACACGUUUGCGCAUUCAGUUGCGAAUUUAAUUUAAGCCGAAACGGUGCUCGUUGCCACUCAUUGCUUUUAGCUGCUUUCAAUUGACUGACUAUUUUCGAACUACAAUCUGGAAUUGGUUUUUUUCAUUUUCAAUGUUCAAUUUUUUUUGUUGUUGCUGUUUCGCUGUUGAAUAAUAAAGUUUGAGUGGUUUUGAGUGGUAUUUGUGGUCGCAUAAAUUAUUUGCUUUGUAUUGCUUUGUAAUGGAAUGACGUCUAACAGAAACCAAAAACACAAACAAAAGCGAGUUGAAUUUCAAAAAGUGUGUAAAGUUUUUGUUUUGCGAUAUUGAUGAGCUAAAACUAACAACAACGAAAUAAAAUAAAUAAGAGCAACAGAUUCCGAGCCACGCAAAACAGAAAGCAAAAUACGCAAUCAAAUUUAAUUGUGAAUCAGCGAGCCGCACAAAUCCGCAGCCCCACACGCGCCGGUUAGCGAAUUUUACACUUUUUCACGCAAAACAGGCCUACACACAAACCAAAGCGGCUGGCACAUAAAUAAAUGUAAAUAAAUAAUAAUAAAACACAAAAAGCACACAAACAGAUCGAAAGUCGGUAAAAUAUACAAACGCAAGUUUUAGAGGAAUUUUUUGUUUCGUGUGAACUUAAUUUGAAUUGCAGAGUUGUUUUAGAUAAAUCGCGUAGUAACGCGCUACCAAAAAAAAUUUCCAUAUUGAAUUGCAAAAAAUCCAAGUCAAAAUGUUUAAUCUACGAAGCCAACUCGAUAAGAUCAUCAUCAGUGCAAUGGAUCGUUUCGUGUGGUUCGUACUGCUCGUCGUGAUGUCGCAUUUGGUGACCGAAUUCACACGCGUCACUGGCUAUGCGCGCGGUAAUCGGCACGAUGUUGUUCUUAUAAAUGAUACAACCUUACAGCCGAAGACAGUAUCGAAUAUGAUUUUUUAUCCGGGAGAAGAGUACGGAGUUUAUGAGCAACAAAUGUCGCAAUACAGCAACUUCUAUCCGAUCAAUAAUAACAAAUACAGCAGUAAUAACAACUACAACAACUAUAACAGCAAUCCGAAUAUGCAGCCGAUCUCAGCAUCAAAUGGCGAAUCAGCCACAACGAGCUUCCCCUUUAGUUUUCGGCCACUAAUUGAUAGCAUCUUCGAGAUUCCCAUAUCAACAUUGCGUGCUGUCAACAAUUUAGUGGCGCGUCUAACCGGCAGCUAUCAACACCAGGUGCCAUCAAUGACCGCGGGCGUGCUUAAGUCCACAAAUGCCAAUGAGAGUCCGGACGCAUUGGAGGCCUACCGUUCCCUACAAGCAGCACCAUCUGUGCCAGCAGCGGCCGCAACAGCCUCAAACACACCGCCGCCAACGUCUUUCGAUUCGCACCCAGCGACAACACAAAAUGAUGAUAAGACUAGUAAUUUAGACAAUAAAGACGGCAACAGGGUGAUCAGGUUGCAGCGGAGGUCGUUACUGCGAGAAGUGAACGCGUAGAGUAGUGCACUUUCCGGUAGUUGUUCAUUUGAGAGGCCGUUGUUGACUACCAAGGCGUAGGAGGGCAAUGGAAUGGUGACAGGAAGUAGCGGAAGCCAUGUCGGUUUAAUGCCCUGGACACACACUCAAACACACACGCACACAGUGAAAUAUAUAUACGCAUAUAAACGCGCGCUCGCCUACAGGAACACUUUGGCUAACUACGUAUAGUUCAUUUGCACUUCCUUCCACCGAUUCAUUUUCAUUCAUUUUAUUGCUCGCUCAUUUGUUUGGUUGUGCUUGUCUAUGCGUGUGUGUGUGUACAGCUAAGUGUUUUGUUUGUGUUUUAGUUGUUCUUUACGCUCCUCCUGGUGGUUCAAUGUGAACAUAUUUGCAUAAACUUGUUCUAAAGUUUGCAAUUAGUUUUUUUUCGUACGCCUCGAUUGUUGUUCUUUUCCGUUUUUGAAACUUGAGAACUAAGCCGCGUGAAGCACCUUUCACCGCCGACUCAUCAUCAUCAGCGCUUGUGUUGAGUUGAAUUCAAGGUGACUAUUUUAUUUAGUUUUUAUUUUUAUUAUUUUUUUUGUUUUCAUUUCUCGCACAAAUUCUAUUUUCACUCUGCUCUAUUUCACUUUUACUUUCUAUUAGUCCGUUCUUUGCACAGUCGUUUCACAUUUAUUUUCAUUUGCUUUGUGUAUUCCGUCAUUUAAGUUAAUUUUUAAGCGCGCAAAGAUUUCUUCGUUUCUCUCACAAUUAAUUAAAUGUUUUCUUCUACGUUUAUUUUUAUGCCGAUGUCCCCCUUGUUGGCAUUUUUUAUGUUCAUAUUUUUGAUGUGAUAUUAAUUUAGUGACACUUUUAGUAGAAUUUAAG